AUUCAACCCAAUAAAAAACCACACGCAGAAACACCCAAAAGCCAACACCCAUACCCCUCCACCCAAAGACAAUCUCCACAAAACAACCCAAAAUGCCCCCCCAAGACCUCCAAGCCAAGAAACGCCGCACCAGAAGCGACUACACCUUCCAUCAAAUAUACCGAACAAGAUGGUUUGACAACGACAUGUACGCCCACCUAAACAACACCGUCUACGCCAUGCUCUUCGACUCGAUCGUGAACAGCUGGCUCAUCGCCGAAUGCGGAAUGGACCCGUUCUCAGGCGGGCAGAAGAAGGAUGCCGAUCCGGAAUCCGCAUCGCAGGUGGGUAUCAUGGUGAACUCGUACUGCGAUUACCUUGCCUCGGUGUCGUUUCCCGAUGUGUUGGAGUUGGGGCUUCGGGUUGCGAAGCUUGGGUCAUCGAGUGUUACGUAUGAAGUUGGGGUGUUUAAGCAGGGGGAGGAAGCGGUUAAGGUUGUUGGGGGGUAUACGCAUGUUUUUGUGGCGAGGGAGACGAUGAGGCCGACUAAGGAGGGGAUGGAGGAGAGGGUAAGGAGGGGGUUGGAGAAGUUGGUUAAGGGGGGUGGGAAGGAGAGGUCGAAGUUGUGAAUUUUUUUUUUUUUUUGUUCUUUUGUUUGUCUCUAAACUUGUAGAAUUUAUGAAGGGUUGGGUUUGGACGGA